GCGGCGCGAUGGUGUGGGCCGGCCGGGUUGUUGCUGGCUCUGGCUUUGAACUGGCCAACUUCUCCAGCGGGCAGGGCGAGCGCCAGGGCGGCGGCGAGGGCGAUUCCCGUCCGCGCCAGGUGACGCGCAGAGCUGAAACCAUGGUUCAUCAGGUGCUCUACCGGGCGCUGGUGUCCUCCAAGUGGCUGGCGGAGUCGGUCCGGGCUGGCAAGCUGGGGCCCAGCCUGCGGGUGCUGGACGCGUCCUGGUACUCCCCGGGCACCCGCGAGGCCCGCAAGGAGUACCUGGAGCGCCAUGUGCCGGGCGCCUCCUUUUUUGACAUAGAGGAGUGCCGGAACACGGCGUCGCCCUACGAGAUGAUGCUGCCCAGCGAGGCGGGCUUCGCUGACUACGUGGGCCGCCUGGGCGUCAGCAACGACACGCACGUGGUCGUGUAUGAUGGUGACCACCUGGGCAGCUUCUACGCGCCGCGGGUCUGGUGGAUGUUCCGUGUGUUUGGCCACCGCACCGUGUCGGUGCUCAAUGGCGGCUUCCGGAACUGGCUGAAGGAAGGCCACCCGGUGACAUCUGAGCCCUCAUGCCCAGAGCCCGCCGUCUUCAAAGCCACACUGGACCGCUCCCUGCUCAAGACCUACGAGCAGGUGCUGGAGAACCUGGAAUCUAAGAGGUUCCAGCUGGUGGAUUCUCGUUCCCAGGGGCGGUACCUGGGCACUGAGCCAGAGCCCGAUGCAGUAGGACUGGACCCGGGCCACAUCCGAGGCUCGGUCAACAUGCCGUUCAUGGACUUCCUGACGGAGGACGGCUUCGAGAAGAGUCCAGAGGAGCUCCGUGCUAUGUUCGAGGCCAAGAAGGUAGACCUCGAGCAGCCCCUCAUCGCCACCUGCCGGAAGGGUGUCACCGCCUGCCACAUUGCCCUGGCCGCCUACCUCUGCGGCAAGCCCGACGUGGCCGUCUAUGAUGGCUCCUGGUCCGAGUGGUUCCGCCGGGCGCCCCCAGAGACCCGUGUGUCCCAGUGGAAGGGUGGGAAGGCCUGAGCAGUCAGCUCUCCUCCGCUCGCCCCCACUCCCGCCGGCGUAGUGCCCCCGGCGUGACCUGCAGCUGGUUCACACCUCUUCAGCAGAGGAGGGUGACAAGUUUUAGAAUUGCUGUGUAAAGCCCCCCUUUUCCCAGCAGCACUGGAAUAAAAUCGGCCUUUUCUGAGG